AUGGACGUAAAUUACCACAACGAGUAUACCUAUACAGUAGGGGCACCCAGCCAGACGCAAACUGGCUACGUGAUAUCGCAGGACAGUGGGAUGGCAAAAAAAAAAAAAUCUUUCCUUCUCCAGAUUGUUAAAAUUACCCUAUUUGUAGUGUUUAUUUGGACUUGCUGUUUCUCCAGUGAGGAUGGCCUGCAAAGAACUCCCUCAUGCGAAAAUAUCAGGAAGUGUUGUGAAGCCCCCUUUCCCCCCAGCAGACCAUCAAGGAUACUAAUAAAUAAACUAGAACCAACAACGGAAGAAAUGCUGAAACAGCUAAGGAAAAAGUUUUGCAAAAAAAAUAAAACCAAAAGUAAAAAUAAAGAUAAACACCUGGAGCGAAAGUUGAAUGCAUUUCUAAAUGCAUAUGCCAGCGCAGAUGGGGUCUUCGAAAAAAAAAUCCUAUACAGCUUAUUGCAGUGCAAUUUUCAGGGGAAGGAUGAAGAGAGAGACGACGUCUUACGGAGGUUUUACCACCAUCACACGAAGGACCCAAAAAUUGUCUUCAUCAAAGACUUCAUCAUGAUAGCGAUGGGCGGCAUGGUAAUUGGGGCUAUUGUCUUCUCAGUUAUGCAAAUAUGGUGGCUCGUUGUUGUCCUAAUUAUGGGCAUCGGAGUGGGAAUCAAAGCAUUAGAUGUUUUUAACAAUAUGUAA